GGACCUUCUCGCAAUCCUCGUACAAUUACAAGUAGUGUACAAGAAGAUCAAGGGCGCAACAGCCGCACAAGGUCGUUGAUGCAGAUUUUCGCUGCUACAUUCCAUGCAUCACCGCCACACUUGCUAUUUUUGUGCGAAACCGAAGCACACUUCUGCAGAGUCCUGGGUCGAAGGAGCCGAGGGGGCGACAUUGAUUUUGCUUGUGAGAGGACGGAAAGACAAAAUGCUGACCCAGGGAAUUACUUUAUUCUUAAGGCUUCCAUUGAGGCAUGUCCACAACACUAUGAUCAUCCUUGAAUCUCCUUUUUCAAUUUGAUGCCCUGAGUACUGAGAGGAAAUUCAUGACCCUCAUGUUCAUAAGUUAUGACCCUAUGAGGAUGUCAUAGAUUCUUCUCAUAGGGUGCUCUUCUCAUGUACGCUUCUCAUGGGGGUCUCUGGAACAUAUCAAGGGAUGGCGCUUUCAGGGAUACGAGGACCACGCUAGCUCUAAUAUUCGUAGCGAAUCUCAUUCCAUAUUCCUGCACAUCAUCAGCCGAGGGUGGUCGCAGGCAGCUACUCUCUGGGUCGAUAUGGUCCUAAAAUUAUGGCUCAUCAUUGAUGUGGUUGGUGAUGCAAGUGAAGAUGUCUUAGAAAAUCUAUCUAUGGGGUAAAAGACUUGAUAUGUUGGGUUCGUUUUUGCACAAGCAACAAGCCCGCUGCAGCGCCACAUCUUCCUGGACGAGAACAUUUAUUUUUGUUUGAUAUCGUUUUUCCUACACCCACUAGUAAGAAAACUACUUAUAAUGUCUUCUAAGCUAUGAAGCUACAGAGCUGAAGCGUGCUUGGGACAAUGAGCCGAGACAAAGGACGGGCGGUCGACAAGCUUUACGAGUGUGGUGUCGUAGGAUUUUGUUAUGGUCUUCAGUGUGGAGUCACCCCUUCUUGAUGUUAGAGCAUCUCUCGAUAGGACAUCUCUUCCUUUUCCUCGUACGGACUACAAGUAACCACGCUCAGAGAGGGUGCAUCAGGCGCUGCGCGUUCAACUUGCCCGACUAGGAAUACUAUAAGAGUAUGACAUCCCAUACAUAGUAUUGCAAGAUGAUCAAAAGAUAAAGAUUCCAUGCAGAUGUGUGCGCUUUCUCGGAGAUGGACAUACAUAUUACACGCAUCGUUGUGAUGUGUCCCAAGCACAGCACAUACAUAUUACACACACUCUCGCUCUCUUUCUCUCUCUAAAGCUGGACGCUUCAGACGUGGAGGGGGCGAUGCGCGAUGUCCAUACUGCGAAGUACGUCAAACGCAAGGAUCUUCGAAAGUGUCUGGAGGAUUUUUACGACUUGUUGAAACUAGUACUUUGUUAGGCAGAAGCUUUAGUUUAAGUUUGGACGAUAGAAGUGUCCUCUUCUCUAUGUACGUCAGUGUGCUAUCGAUUUGAGAUAUUCUAGGAAGUGUGGUGGUAACAUCACUUGAGCGGGCGACAUUUGGGACUGAACAGGCGUCCUUAGUUGUAGGAUUCCAGCAACUGCAUGUACUAGCUAGUUUUAGAUUUUAGUUCCUCCUCCUCCAAGAUCCGAAGACGGCGAGAAAUCUGCUACUUGCUAUGGAGUUCGAAGCGGAAAAUGGGCAAAGUGUGAGUGGGAGUCCAGGUGGUGGCGUGGCAGUCAGCGGUCAAGGCUUUUCAGGCAAGCUUUCCUUCGAUGAGGACGCGGACUUUUGACUGAAAUUUUAGUUGCACAUGCUAACUUAGGAAAAGCAUGCUAACUUAACUUAAAGAAUGAAUGAUCCGACAGGGUUCUGUUUCAAUGUAGG